GUGGGGUUGUGCGCAGGCGCGCGCGGUAGCUCGGAGCGGCCUGAGGCCCAUGUGGAGCGGCGGCGGCGGCAAGAGCAGGCGCAGCAGGAGCAGCUUAACCGCCGCUGCUGGAUCCCGGGGCCCUCGGCAGCAGCUAUGAAGGGUAGCCGGAUCGAGCUGGGUGAUGUGACGCCACACAACAUUAAGCAGCUGAAGCGGUUAAACCAAGUCAUUUUUCCCGUCAGCUACAAUGACAAGUUCUACAAGGAUGUGUUAGAGGUUGGCGAGCUCGCCAAACUGGCCUAUUUCAAUGAUAUUGCAGUGGGUGCAGUGUGCUGUAGAGUAGAUCAUUCUCAGAAUCAGAAAAGACUGUACAUCAUGACGCUUGGAUGUCUGGCCCCUUACCGAAGGUUGGGGAUAGGAACUAAAAUGUUGAAUCAUGUGUUAAACAUCUGUGAAAAAGAUGGCACUUUCGACAAUAUAUAUCUACAUGUCCAGAUUAGCAAUGAAUCUGCUAUUGACUUCUACAGAAAGUUUGGAUUUGAGAUCAUUGAGACGAAGAAGAACUACUACAAGAGGAUAGAACCAGCGGAUGCUCACGUGCUGCAAAAAAACCUCAAAGUCCCUUGUCUCGGCCAGAACACAGAUGUGCAAAAGUCUGACAACUGAACAAAACCCAAUGAACGCUUUCUUGCACUUUCUUGUCACCAAAUAGGGAAAGAGAGGCCUGGUGUCUGUUUUUGGUUUCCCCCCUGCUCCUAAUGUGUGUUGUAUCCUCUCCAACAAAUUAAUAACUUCCCAAGGAUUGUCAAAUUGUAUGUUUGGGUUCCAUAGCUCUACUUCUUUGCAAUUUUGGGAUGGAAGUAGUAUGCGGUUCUAGCUGGGGUGGGGCCUUCAUUCGGUCUUCCAAAGGUCAGCUUUUCCUCUGUAUGUGUGUGAUCCUCCUGCAUUCCCAUUGAAGGGCAGAGUUUAAGCAAUACCUUGCAUCCAGGCUCCUAAUACCAUGCCACUUUUUUUUUUUGUAAUGGAGUCUAUCGGUCUCUAGUUUUGAACUUGGUUCGGCGGUUUUGGCCUUGUUUACUAUUUGAACAUGCAUCAGUUUGGAAGCCAAUCCAGAGCAUUUGAGCUGCCAUUUCUUCAUUGUGUUUUGAGACAAAGUGGCUGGCGAGAAGAUUCAACUUGCUGAGCAGUUGGCAAGUGACCAGCUGAUGCCGUGUUUUCUUGGCUGAUGUAGGUGAGGAUUCAGAGUGGACUGUACCAUCUUCCACUCUUCUCUCAUUCGUUAUAGGUAUUGCACUAACAACAGAACGACCCUUGGCUCUGGCAACAAUGGAGGAGCCAAACAUUAAAGAUUGCUAAAGAAGAUCAGUCUGUGACUUUUACUUUUAAAGAGAGAGAGAGAAGGAAGGAAGCUUUGCCUUCUAAAUGGCUCUGCUGGUUUGAACUCUGCUUGCUUGCUGAGAUUAUACGCUCCCUAAGAUAGAAGAUGAUUAAAACUGUCCCCCCCCCAUUACACUUCUGAAGAUUUGGCACUCAUCUUAGAAGAAUAUAAAAGGGGGUGCAAUGGAACAUCAGAUGGAAGUGGCUUAUUGGGGAGCAUUGUGAGGAUUCAGAAAAUAACUGGUUUUCUCCUGAUAUUGUAAUGUAAGAACUGUAGCCUACUUUACCAAGCUCUUGCUUUGUAUUUUGUUAUGCUUUUGUUUGCAAUUUCAUUUUGAGCUUCUAGCAAUUCAGUACAGCAAUGCCAGCUUAACAUUACAACUCUUCUCUCCACCUGGGGAAACGUACCAGGGAGGGGAGGGAACCUGCCCUAUCACCUAAAUCAAUAUUAAACUGCAUUUAUUUCCUGAUUUUGAACUUUUAA